AUGACACAUAGAGGAACAAAAUCCGCAUGCGGUAUUAAUAGAAUUUUGGGCAACACUGUCGAUCGUCAACAAGAGGCAACACUAGGAAACAAGUAGCAUGCCACAUGUCGUUCAUUGUUGCCUCAGUGGAAUUGCGCCUUAAGUCCCUGUCGGUUUCUGCGACUUACGUCAGAUUUUCGCAGUCAGUGUUUGGCUUACGAUAAUUAUGUCUAUGGUCAGUUCACGAACAAAAAGGAUUUUGGCGGCUCUUAGCCAAAAUGAUGAAUCGAAUAAUGUUUAUUUUUAGGAAGAAGUUGGGUCUAUGCCGAUAUCCAUUAUUUCAAGUGACAAUAUUUUUGAUCUAGAUAAUUCCGAAAAUAUUUUAAAAACUACUUUAAUGAGUUAGCAGAAACUGAUGCAGAGGAUGACAAUGGAGAUGAAAGCUCCAAAACUUAAAAAAAUAUAUAUUUUUUACUAGUAAGAAUUUCAUAUUUUC